AAACAGUAUUUAAGGAGCUGCAAAAGGCGAAGACGCCGAUUAUUGUCUCAGUGCAGUUGUCAGUUGCAGUUCAGCAGACCGGCUAACGAGUACUUGCAUUUCUUCAAAUUUACUCAAUUGAUCAAAUCGAAAGAGCCAACAUGUCGACUACUUUGACCAACAAGAACGUGAUUUUCGUUGCCGGUCUGGGAGGUAUUGGCCUGGACACCAGCAAGGAGCUGGUCAAGAGGGACUUGAAGAACCUGGUCAUCCUCGACCGCAUUGACAACCCGGCUGCCAUUGCCGAGCUGAAGGCAAUCAAUCCCAAGGUGACCGUCACCUUCUAUCCCUACGAUGUCACCGUUCCCAUCGCCGAGACCACCAAGCUGCUGAAGACCAUUUUCGCCAAGCUGAAGACCAUCGACAUCCUGAUCAACGGAGCUGGAAUCCUGGAUGAUCACCAGAUCGAGCGCACCAUUGCCGUGAACUACACGGGAUUGGUCAACACCACCACUGCCAUUCUGGACUUCUGGGACAAGCGUAAGGGUGGACCAGGUGGUAUCAUCUGCAACAUUGGAUCCGUGACGGGUUUCAAUGCCAUCUACCAGGUGCCUGUGUACUCCGGCACCAAGGCCGCCGUGGUCAACUUCACCAGCUCCCUGGCGAAACUCGCUCCCAUCACUGGAGUGACCGCCUAUACCGUCAAUCCCGGCAUCACCCGCACCACUCUGGUGCACAAGUUCAACUCCUGGCUGGAUGUGGAGCCCCAGGUCGCCGAGAAGCUGCUGGACCAUCCCACCCAGCCCUCUUUGGCCUGUGCCGAGAACUUCGUCAAGGCCAUCGAGCUGAACCAGAACGGUGCCAUCUGGAAACUCGACUUGGGCACUCUGGAGGCCAUCCAGUGGACCAAGCACUGGGACUCGGGCAUCUAAACAAAACGUGAUACUACCCAGAAAAACCAACACACAUAACAUUAGUACUAGAUAUUCAUGGAUGGCUAUAAGUCUGAUUCGAUGCACACUCACAUUCUUUUCCCUAUAAUACGAUAAUAAUAAAACUCACCAAAAAUGAAAA